CAAAAUGGCUGCCAAUGUUAUUGUUUAUGAAUGUUACAGGGACUUUUAAUUAACCUGUUUUUAGGUAAUAUAAUCGAUGGUAACAUAACGCACAAGCCGAAAAGAAAAACAUCAAAAUGAGCUGGAGAACUGUUACUGACGAAUAUAGUUAUGGUAUAGCCAUCUACAAUUUCCUCAAUCAGGAGGAUUAUAAACUCAAAUUAACCGUUGGGGAUUCUGUACAUAUAUUGGAAGAAGAAGCAGAUUGGUAUUUUGGCUACGUUGUCAGUGAGAUUGACGUGAAAGGAAUAUUUCCCAAAAGCUACGUGCACGUAAAAAAAUGUAAUAAAGUUGAUGCUGUAGGUCUAGUAUCAAAUGAGCCUUCAAUCGCAACGGAAAUAACAUCAGUUCUUCGAGAAUGGGGGUUGCAUUGGAAGAACUUGUAUGUGGAUAAUAGUAAAAAUUUCGAACAGAUGAAAAACCACAUAUACGACCUGGUGUCACAUCGAAGCAAAAUACUAAGUGGAACGUUACCCGGUGAUGAGCUCAAACGCGUCAUAAAGCAAGCAGUAGAAGAAAUCGAUGUAGGCAAUAAAAUAUUAGGUUUAGAUCUAGUGGUGAGGGACAAAAAUGGAAAUUUGAUCAACCCCGAAGAAACAAGUACGCUACAACUGUUCUACCAUCACAAAAAUGCUACCCAACGGAUGAGCAACAGGAAUAAGAGAGAGAUUAAAGCACUUCAACCAAAAACGGCCAUACAGCAGUAUUCCAAUAUAUUCCUAGUAGCAGUUAGAAACUUCACGUUCAAGAUGACAGAAGAUGCCGAAUUACUUAUGACAUUAUAUGAUGGCAAGGAAUUCAAAGCAUUUACAGAAAACUACGUAGUUAGAUGGACUAAAGAAGGAUUGAUGAGUGACAUAGAUCAAAUGCAUAACUUGAGGGUUAUGUUUACCGAUUUAGGUAAAAAGGACUUGGAAAGAGAAAGGAUAUUUUUGGUGUGCCAUGUGAUAAGGGUAGGUGCAAUGGACAUAAAAGAGUUGGACCAUCGAAGAAGUUCGGUAAGCGUUUAUUCCAAGAAAAAUUAUAAUGAAAACAUGAGGCGACCUUGUGGGGUAGCAGCGUUUGACGUGACAGACUAUAUGAGUGGGAAGUCUGAAACAGAUCUGGAACGGGAAUAUGCAAUACCUUUUGUUAGUUGUGACAGAGAUAAUCUGGAGCAAACUCUUAGGAAGAUCAUAACAAAGGAAAAAGUCGAAAAUAAAAACUAUUCCUUGUUUGUUAGUAUUAAACUAUUGAGAGGAGAUUUGAAGCAGGUGAGGGAAGAAAAUCCCCAUUUGGUUUUGGGUAAUGUGUCAAUAGCAAGGAAAAUGGGAUUCCCGGAAGUAAUUUUACCUGGUGAUGUCCGGAAUGAUCUGUACUUGACAUUGAUUGGUGGGGAAUUCACCAAAGGCAAUAAAACAAGUGAUAAAAAUGUGGAGGUUAUAGUUAAAGUGUGCAAUGAGAAAGGGAGGCCCAUUCCAGGAGUGAUAAGUAUAGGAGGAGGUGCAUCCUUGUUAGACGAAUAUCGUUCCGUGAUUUAUUACCACGAAGACAAGCCUCAAUGGUACGAGACGUUCAAAGUUGCAAUACCCAUCGAAGAGUUCAAAACUAGUCAUUUGAAAUUCAUAUUCAAACAUCGUUCUUCCAAUGAAGCAAAAGACAAAAAUGAGAAGCCCUUUGCCAUGUGCUACGUCAAACUGAUGCAAGACGAUGGCACGACUCUCAAAGAUGCUAAGCAUAAUCUCAUCGUGUACAAAAUAGAUCAUAAGAAAUUCGACGAAACUGUUCUCGAUUAUUUUUCUUUGCCUUCGAGUCUCUGGGAUUUGAGAGACAAUGUGAAAGAAAAACCACAAGUGCCUGGAUUGAGUAUGUCCAGUAAAGACUCGUUUUGUAUUUCUAGUAAUAUAUGUUCCACAAAGUUGACUCAAAAUGUGAAAUUGUUGGGUCUUCUGAACUGGGCUUCCCAUAAAGAAACUUUGAUAGACUCAUUGAAAGCUUUAAGAAGUGUUGAUGGAGAAGAGGUUGUCAAAUUCCUGCAGGAUAUCCUCGAUGCGUUGUUCAACAUCUUAAUGGAUAAUCCAAACAAUGAUACUUACGACACCUUGGUAUUUGAGUGCCUAUUAGAAAUCGUAAGUCUAGUCAGUAAUGAUUGGAAGUACCAGCAUUUCGAACCUGUUCUCGAAUUAUACAUAAAAGAGAGUUUUAGUGCUACUUUAGCUUAUAGGAAAUUAAUAUCAGUUUUGAAAUCAAUUGUCAGUAAAGCCAGUGAACCUACGGAGGAUUCGAAAGAUCGGAUUUUCAGAACGAUGAAAUGUUUGCAAUACUUCAUGAAAUUUGUAGCAAGAAGUAGAAUUUUGUAUGUGGAAUUAUAUCCGGAAAACGACCCGGAAGAUGAUUUUGAUGAGAGUAUGCGAGAGCUUCUGCAAAACAUCAUAUCUAUGAUGUCUUCCGGUAAUGAGAGGCUGAUAAGGGAGCAAGGCGCUUGUUUGAAGUAUCUGCCAAGCAGUAUACCAGACAUCCUCUUAGUAUUCGAUCAUAUACAGUUAAGUAAUACUUUGUAUGAUUUGUUAAAUAAUAUGCCAAGUGGAAGACUUACAAAACAGAAAAUGAUGACAGUGAACGAAAUAAUCCAUAGCAAAAUUUUCGUAUUUCCCCAAUGUAGAAAGAUACUUCUACCUAUCAUUAUGGAUCAGGUGAAAAAUUUAAUUUUGGCGAGUGAUGAGGUGGAAUUAUGUAUAAAAAAUUUGGGGGAUAUAAUGGAGCUCCUAUUCCGCAAAGAUGUUGGACCUACAUUCGAUAAUUUGACAGAAAUUAUUCAUACUGCCCUGAGAACUAUCGUACAACAUCAUAUCAGACUGAAGAGAGACGAUCCACUUGCUGGGCAUCUGGUUGCAGUUAUGAUAGACAUAUUCCGACAAAUGACGAAUGAGCAUUACCUCGACUACAUCAGCAAGUUCAAUACCAAUUUUGACAUUCUAGACUUUCUAAUGGAGAUCCUCGUUGUAUUCAAGGAACUCGUUAGCAUAUCUGUUUUCCCUAAGGAUUGGUGCGACAUGAUAAUGUUGCAAAACAGCAUUAUCCUGAAAUCCUUGAGAUACUUUUCCCACACUAUCAGAGACUGUUUUUUUCAAAAGUUCGAACACGACGCUUGGAAUAAUUUUUUUCACUGUGCCAUAGCCUUCAUGACACAAGAUGCACUACAGUUGGAAAAUUUUUCUCGCAACAAGCGCACGAGAGUGAAGAAUCUUUAUAACGAUAUGAGGGUAGAGAUGGGGUACGAGAUCAAAUCGAUGUGGUUCAAUCUAGGUCAAAAUAAGGUUCAAUUCGUACCCUCUCUUGUCGGUCUCAUCUUGGAAAUGACCUUAAUUCCGGAACCUGAACUACGACAAGCUACUAUCCAGAUAUUUUUCGACAUGAUGCAAUGUGAGUUCUACUCCUCAAAGUUCGAAAAUGAAAGUUAUGGGAAUACCAAGCGAGAUUCAUCUCACAUCAAGGCAAAUUUCUCCGAUUUUGAAAACGAAAUGAUAGUCAAACUCGAUGCCCUGUUUGAGGGUGGUAAAGGUGAUCAUGAGUAUAAAAAUAUGUUUCAUGAUAUUAUGAUAGCUCUCUGUUCUCAACACACCACGAUGAACGAGGAAGGGGUAAAGUUCGUUAAAAUUGUGUCUAGACUGAUGGAAAGUUUGUUAGAGUAUAGGGACAUCAUCAUAGAUGAGAAUAAGGAUAAUACUAUGAGCUGCACUGUUAAUUUGUUGGACUUCUACUCAGAAAUUGAUAAGAGGGAAAUGUAUAUAAGAUACUUGAAUAAACUAUUCGAUCUCCAUCUUGAAUGUGAAAAUUUCACAGAGGCGGCAUAUACAUUAGAAUUGCAUACAAAACUUCUCAACUGGUCCGACGAACAUUUGAAUCCUUUGCUGAAAGGGGAAAAGUAUGACACUGCGAGAACUCACCGACAAUUGAAAGAAGUUCUUUACUAUGCUAUAAUUGAAAAUUACAGUAAAGGCAAGAUGUGGGAAUGUGCUAUAAAAAAAUGUCAGGAACUAGCAGAGCAGUAUGAACAAGCAACUUUCGAUUACGAACGAUUGAGCGACCUCCAUAAUCGCAUGGCUCUCUUUUACGAUGAUAUUAUGAAAAAAGCCAGAGCCGAGCCAGAAUACUUCCGAGUAGGUUAUUAUGGAAAAGGUUUUCCUACAUUCCUGAGAAACAAAGUGUUCAUCUAUCGUGGAAAGGAAUACGAACGAUUGGCUGAUUUCAAUGCUAGAAUACUCAAUGAGUUUCCGAAGGCGGAGUUGUUGAACAAACUUACCCCGCCUGGUGAAGAUAUUACUGGAUCUGACAAACAAUAUCUUCAAAUAAAUAAAGUCGACCCUAUCAUGGAUGAGAAAAGACAAAGAUUUUCUGGGAAACCGGUGUCCGACCAAAUAGUCAAGUUCUACAGAGUUAACAACAUACAAAAAUUUACAUUCUCGAGGCCUUUCACAAGAAGAGACCCACAUGUCGAGACGGAUAAUGAAUUUGCCCACUUGUGGUUAGAAAGGACCGAAUUGACGACAACUUAUCCUUUGCCUGGAAUUUUGAGGUGGUUGCCUGUAGAACGGGUAUCGGCUCAAGAAAUAUCUCCAUUGAGGAAUGCUAUAGAAACUAUAGAAAGAACAAAUAAAUCUCUAAUGAAUUACAUUGCUGUGUACAAUAAAGACAAGAGUAUGCAACUGAAUCCUCUUAGUCUAACUCUGAAUGGUGUUCUCGAUGCUGCUGUAAUGGGUGGAAUAAAAAAUUAUGAAGAGGUAUUCUUCACUCCUACCUAUGCAACUCACCAUGCCGAUGAUGAUGUUUUGAUUGAAAAAUUAAAAAACUUGAUAGCAGAUCAAAUACCGCUUCUAGAACUAUGUGUCCAGAUCCACAAACAAAAAGUACCUGAAAACUUACAACCUCUACAGAAAAGGUUAGAGGAAUGUUUUGCUACUAUGAAAGCUGACGUCGAAAUGAAAUAUGGAAAAAGAGACUGUGAUAUUAAAUUAGACAAAGAUGUAGAGAUGAGACGCCACAAUAGCAUUACAAGUGACUACAGAAUUUCAGAUGUUACAAUUACAAAUGACAAAUCUUCCCAUCACAAUCACUCCAAGAGCAUGACUCAUUCCCCCUCAAAGAGUCUGACUGGAACUCCAUCCUUUAGCCAAAAGAAAUAUCUCAAAAUGUCCAAGGAAAAGCGAAGGUCUAGUAAGACGGAAAUUGUUAGUCCUCCUGUUGAUAAAUGCGCUACCCAGUGGUACACAUCGGACAGUGAAAUUAAUACAACUAUUAUAUCAAAUGGACCGUCGACUGUAUUCGAAUUGACACAAGAGCUACAGUCAAAAAGGCCUCUUCGAUCGGAAGUUGAGAAGGAAAAACGACUGAGCCGUCCAACUAGUGGUCAAUAUUCAAGGCCUAAUAGUAUGUCUGUCACGUUGAGAGGGGCAGGAAGUUCUGAUGCUAGUAGCAAUAGAGAUUCCAUAGGUACCACCGACUCAAGCGUCAGUGAAGAAGAUUCUGGUCUUCCACCACCUCUUCCAGUGAAACAACGUGACACAGACUGUGGCAGUUUAGCUUUUUCCAAUGAAAAUAGGAGCUUCCUUUAUUCUCAACGUGCUUCCGUCAUGAGGAACACAAUUGAAAUCAAAUUGAAUAUGGACAAUCUCGAUAACGAUUUCGAUUAUGGGACUGUUCCACCAACGCCGCCCCCCAAACCUCCAAAAAACAAGAACCUUAAUUAAUGGUACGUUUGUUUCGUUGAUAUUAUUUUUUUCAGACGUUUUCCGAAGUAUUUCUGGGUUGUGUACAUAUUUGUGUGAGGAAGUAUAACAAAUCAACUAGGUAUACAGUAUUCAACGCAAAUAUUCUUAGAAAUUCAUUGAAUUAUGGUGAUAAUUGCUUGCAGAAAAACACUUUUAAUUCUUUAUUAGGAAAUAUCACAUAUAUACAUUGUAUUUCAGUUGAUACAAUUAUUGCAAUUAGGAAAUGAACUGAAAAAUUAGAGACUGGUGAAUAGAGAAAUUCAAAUAGUAUACCUACCUAAAUAUGUACUUUGGUAACGAAGUUGCCAUCUUCAGUAAAUCUGAAAUUCGAGAAAGGUUAGCAGAUUCCUUAUCAGUAAUAGCACUCGAAAAAUGCCCGCCAGAGUACAUCUGUAUAUAGACAAAUAAAUGUUUGUGAUCAAAAAUUGGUAUUUGCGUGGGUGUGAACAAACCGAAACGAUACCAAAAAUAUGUUGAAAUCGAUAUCUAGUUAUAUUUGUUUUAUUUUAUUACACUCUUCAUAUUACGCUAAUUAUCCCUAUGUAUAUUUAUGAUUUGUAUUUUUUUAUGUGGAUGUGAAAUAUUUGUACUUCAGCCGUUUCGAGAUAAUAUUAUUAUCUUAUAGAUAAUAGUUAUGUGAUGUUACCAUAAGUGCCAUUUUAAUGUGACUAAGUACUGAAAAAUUGGAUUCCACUUCUAAUAUGGGUUUUAUCGUCUGUGUGAAGGCCAAAAAAUUGUAGGUAUUAUUUUGUUAGAUAUGUAUUAUUAAUUGAUCAAAAAUAGUUGAGGAUAAAUUAAUUUUCCAAAUAUGGAAAAAAAUUGAGAUAAGAAAUUGAUAUAUUAUGCAAUGCAGUAGGUAUGCAAUUGCUUGUCUUUUUUCGACUACUUUAGAUAAUUAUAAGGUGAUUUUCAACUUAAGGUGGUUAAUGAUUGGAACCGCUGAGGCUGUCCAUAAAUUACAUAAAGCAAUUUCAACCUCUUCCCUAAAGACCAAUCAGAACGAUCUAAAAUGCGCCUGUGUGGUGCGGCUGCAGCCUUGUUAGAGAAUAUCUGCUUAUGAAAGUUCUGUAAACGAUAAGAGAUUUCCAAUACUGGCUAUUAUUGAUCUCAAUAAAGUAGAAAUCAAUAUAUUGGCUGGUCCAGAUUUGUAUGCAUCAAUUUCUUAAGAUAACAGAAAAUCGCAAAAUAAAUGGACUUCUUUGAUAAACAUACCUCUAAAAAUGCACCAUAACUUUAACACAGGGCGUGAGAGUUUUAAAGAAGUUUCUGAAUUCUUUUCUAAGGAAAUACAAAAGUGGUCCUCCUCAAAUUUGGCACUGGUCUGGUCCUCAUUACAAAUCAGAAAUAGAUACAGGACCACGUGUUCGCCGUUGCAAAGGUUUCAUAUCCCUUGUCUCAUUUUUAUCUCUUGGAGUGCACGAAUAGGAAUCCCAACUAAAUUCAUUAAUUUUUCAACUUUUGAGGGUUAUAAGUUCUUGGGAAUAAGUUCUUCUGCAAACAAUUCCAUUUCUUUUCCGUUCUAUAGACAAACGAGUUUUGACAAAGAGUUGUUCGACAUAUCUCGAGAUUAGCAACAAAAUAAUGUGCUGACUGAGCUUGUCGAGUAGGUUGACCGGCAUCGCUAGUGAUGGAAUGAUAGCUGAGAUUACUGAAGAACAUUUCUCAUGACAGGAGCUAGAGAAAAGUGAAAGGUCGCCGACUUUCCUACGGUAUUCCAGUGAUAUCAAGGAAUUAUACAACCAGGUAGAUGGCUCGUCUCUGAAUGCAAUCUAAGAGAAUCAGCGCAAGUUUGAGUGUCCACCCCAUAUGUGGGAACAGUAUUCUAAAACAAGCCUGUAAAGUCUGUAAAAGGUUGGGACAUGGCUCUGCUGUGUACUCCUGGGAUAAAAACAAUUAGAUUCGCGUCGUUUGUGUCAACGGCAGUCGCGUGCGGAAAGGAAUCACUUUCCGCACUUGUUAGGAAAAUUACUAUAAACGCAGUGACAUUUUGAGGCAAAUCAUCUGAUUUGUCCUUACUACACAUAUAUUUAAAUAAUAUUCAUUUUCUUAUUUCAUAGAAACGAGGAGAGAAAAUCCCAAAAAUUUUGGAAUAAUUUUUGAAUUAUGUUCAUAAUAUAUCUCUGAUGUUGCUAGUUUUUCCAGUAAGCGAGGGAUUACUACUUUGUAGUGCCGAUAAGUCUAAGAAGAGAUUCUCAUUGGUGACUCUUCCUUUCCUGAAAUCAAAUUGGAGGGGGUGAAUCCAAUUUCUUUUUUCCAGAUGGUAUUCCAUUCUGUUUAUCAAGGUCUCUACUAUGCUAUGAUUAUCCUUCAGAUUUUUUCCUUGUUUUGGUAUUGGGCAAAUCAUCUGUGACUUCCAUUCAGCAGGUUAGUAGCUUUGAUUUUUCCUGCAAUAUGCUGUUGUAUAUUAUUUGUAUUGCGUGGAACGAUUUUGCGGACAAGUGAGUUAUUUGUGAAUAGAUGCUGUUAUCUGGACCCGAUGCCGAAUCUUUCUUCCUUUUUCUUCAAUGACUGAGUUUUAUUCUGCAAUUGAGAAUUCACUUCUUGUAGCAGAAUUUCGAUAGUUCAAAUCCCAACUUUGGGAUGUAAGUAUUAUUUACCAGUCAAAGACUGGAAUAUUCUGCAACUACCAGCGAGAUAUAGAAAAUCCGAGACUGGUGAAUCACAUAUAUAGCAUUUUCCACGCGUCAUUUUUCUCAACUGAAUGCGUUUCUGUGGCCCACUAAAAAUUUCAAGAACGAAACGAUGUCGAAAAAUGAUUUCCACUGGCUUGCAAACUUCUUCGAUACUCGCUCAUAGUUCGAAUUUUCAGAACCGUGCUAAUAACCUCGAAUCAUCGGGUGGAUUAUGUAUAUCUUAUCUCUUCGGAUACAAGUGAACCUACCUGAAAGAUUCUUGCAUGCAAUAAAACUGUUAUCAAAGAAAUUUCAAAUUGAUUUGGUACAGAAAAAAAUAUUUUGCAUAGACAACACCUGUGAAAAAAAUGACCUUUUAGUUGAUACCUUUCCUAAAGUGAUCAACUUAGAACUUAUAACCUCUGAAAGCAUACCGUUUCUCCCUAUCCUCCCUAGGUACGCACCAUAUUCUUCAAACAUAAUAGGAAUUUCCUUCUGUGCGCUCCAAGAGAUAAAAAUACUUCAAUUUCCACUGCUCUGUGCUGAAACCAAAUUUUAUGAAGAAACCGAGUAUGUGCCACUUGUAGGUACUCAGUGCUAAGUCCUAGAGUGCUCGAUAAUCACAUUGCACUCUGAACAUCUUGCUGAACGAAAUAUUUGGUUUUAUAUUUUGACAGAAAUGUAAAUGACUGCUCAUUUCGACAGAAACAAAUUGUGACUCAUUUUUCCAGUGAUGUAAGGCUGGUCGAUAAGAAUUAUUGCUGCCUUAUCAACCUAUUUUCAUUGAAUGUGAAGAAUUGUAAUAAUAGUGUUUGUGAAGAGCUAUGAAUAAGAAGGGUGGUCUUCCUUAAUUUCAAUUUCUACUCGUACCUGUAAGAAGUAUGUUUAAAAUGAAAUUUAACAGCUUACUUGUUCUGGUACUAGAAAAUCUAUUAUUCCAAUCGAAAAUAUUUUUAAACAUUUAUUACAUUCUGAUGGUUUCCACUCAUCUCAAAAUGAAGAGAGAGAACGCAUUCAAAUAUAGUUAAAAAUAUACUUUAUUGUUGACAAAGCUUGUUCAAUAUAAUAUACAUAAAAGAUGAAUGAACAACACUAGUUUUAAAAUUACUCACUUAUUGACAACACUCGAAAUGUAAAUAAAUAAAAUUAAAUUGAUCCAACAGACAAAAUGAGUUGUAAAAUACACAACACUAAAAUACUCUAAUGAAACCGUUGUAGAAAAUACUCAGUCAAGUUGUACACUUCGUUGUACACUGCUGUUUGUAGUUAUAAUAAUUUGUUUGUUCGGAAUUUUUUGUAACAUGCAAUUCCUUUGAUUUCAUUCGACAGAUGAUUAUAUUAUAUUUUUAUUCCAGAGUAAAUAAUAGAAUACUCAAUCAGUGGUGCGGGGUUUAUUCAUUUUAUUUGGCCGCUCGGUCUUGUAUUAUA